AUGCUCUCCCGUCGAAUACUCUCCGCUCUUCAAGCUACACGCCCCUUCAGCACCACGGCACAAUGGCGGAACACCUCGUCACACUUAUCCGACGGAGAGCAGACAAUCCACGACAAGCUCAUUGCACGGUUUGCUCCGUCUCAUCUAAAGGUACUGGAUGUGUCUGGAGGUUGUGGUAGCUUUUAUGCAAUUACAAUUGCUAGCGAGUCAUUCAACGGGUUGUCCACAAUCAAGCAGCAUAAACUGGUGACAGAGACUCUGAAGCAAGAGAUUGAGGGAAUCCACGGGCUCCAGAUUAAAACGAUACCUCAAUUGAGUCCUGAAAAUUGA